UUGACAAGCUUAUCAAAAACAAAAACAACCAAAUUAAAGUGAAUCAUUUUUCAAGUUUUGUUAUCGAUUUCAGCCACAGAGAAAUGGGAAAGUUUUUAAGGAAUUAAUCGUGAUUAGAACUUCAGAGAUAGUGCGUGCAUUAAUCUUUAAGAAAUAAGCCCAAAAUGGCGUCCAUGUUCGACCAGUACUCGUCGGCAUUGAUCCGCGAGAACACCAACGAACCUGACCCAUCGAACCAGCCCCAAUCGUCGGGAUAUGUGAGCGUCCGCAUCAAGAAGGAACCACCCAUUUUUUCGAAGCAGAAGAUGAAUCUGAACCUUCCGGCUGGUAUCCUCUUCCUAUCGGUGCAGAACGAUUGGGUCAUAAUCCUGAUGACCAAUCUGACCAUCCUGCGGAUGAACAUCAAACAGCCGGACAAGUUCACCGAGGUGCCCAUCGAUAAGUACGUCGGUGGCUUCAAGUCGUGCAAUCUGUUCCUGGAUCCCCUGGGGGCGCAUCUGUUCAUAACGCUAUCGCCGAAAACUCCGGGGCUCACACACGAAGUACUCUAUUUGCAGCGCAACAGCUUCAAGCCAAAAUUUAUUCCUAAGCUGAAAGAUCAGGAAAUUACAGCCAUCGGGUUCAACUAUCUGAAUAACUCGGAAAUGAUGACCGGUCCUAUCCUGCUGGGAACGAGUAAGGGAAUUAUCUGGGAGGCCGACAUCGGAAUAGACAGUGGCGAUAAGUUAGUGCAGCAGAAUAUAAGACAAGUGUUUGAUAUGAGGCGCACCGAUGGCAAACCAAAUCCAAUAACAGGAAUUGAAUUCCAUAUGCGUCAAGCUCAGAAGAAUAUCCAUUGCAUGAUUUUGGUACUAACGUUAGAGAGAAUAUACAAGUUUCAAGAUACACUAGCCUCGUCGGAUUCAAAAAUGGCAUCAGGUCAGCUACAGAAGGUGUUUGAGCCAUACUUGAACAUUCCCGAGGACUGUGUCUGCAACUUUCAGAUCGUGAGAAGUCAACUGAACUACUCGAAGCUGGCGUUCAACCACGAAGAAGAUUUCCCCAAGAGUUUCGGAAGCUUGACCGAGGACGGUAUCAACUUUCAGGAAAUCAAUCCCAAAAUGAACACCCUGGAGUUCGUGCCGCAGGAAAUGAUUCCGUACCCAACACAGGAGGACAUUGCUCAGCAGCCGGAAAAUUCCUACAAAAUGACUCGGAAAAUGAACACACCGCUGUCGUUCGUCCUGACGGAUUUCCACGCCAUUUUGCUGUACGUGGACCACGUUACGGCCAUUUCGCUGCUGAACUAUCAGGUCGUCUACGAGGAGUACUUUGUCGAACAGUACGGCAAACUGUGCAAUGUGGUGAGGGAUGUACGUUCUAACGUGACAUAUGUUUACAGCAACAAGAUGAUUUUUAGAUAUAAGAUCAACAACGAACAGCGCAACGCCUGGCGACUGUACGCCGAACGGCAAAAGUAUGACUUGGCGCUACAAUACUGCAACGAUAAUCCCGCCCAUCGGGAUAUUGUACUGGUCAAGCAGGCUCAAUCCUUCUUCGACAUGGGCGACUACUUGGAGGCGGCUCGUAUCUACUCCGACACGCAGCUCAGCUUUGAAGACGUCUGCCUCAAGUUUCUAAAGCGCAAUCAGAACGACGCGUUGAUGUUGUAUCUGAAGAACCGCUUAGCCAAGCUGAAGUCGCAGGAGAAGACGCAAAUUACGAUGCUCAUCGUUUGGAUGGUGGAGCUGUAUUUGGUGGAAAUUUCCCGAAGCGCUGGGGAGCGCGAGAGGGAGCUCCAGAAGGAAUUCGAUGCGUUCAUGCAAACGGCUAUCGUGAUCGAUUGUAUGAAGAAGAAUCGAUCGGUCAUUUACGAUCUGAUGGCCUCGCAUGGAGAUAGUCACAAUCUGGCAGCACUGACUACGAUACACCAGGACUACGAAAGCGUUAUUCAACAGUACAUUAAUCAGAAUCGAUUCGACGAUGCUUUGUCAGUGCUGCGUGCUCAAAGUCGUCAGGAAUUGAUCUACAAGUACGCUCCUAUAAUCAUGGAAGAACUACCAACGGAAACCAUUGGCGUACUGAUCAACCAAGGAAAACGGCUAGAUCCUAUUAAGCUCAUCCCUUCCUUACUGUGCUUGGACAGCGCAAAACACAUCGCAGAUAUAGUCAAAUAUCUUGAGUUCUGCAUCCAUUCUAUUCACUGCGCAGAAUCAGCUAUCCACAACUAUUUGAUUCAGCUCUAUAGUGAACAUUUCCCCGACAAACUGCUAACGUUUUUGGAAACGCAAGGCAAAGAAAUCACCAUGAUCAGUUACGAUGCUCACUAUGCGCUGAGAAUUUGCCUAAAGCGCCAAAUCAGGGAUGCCAGUGUCUUUCUGCAGACCUUGCUGGACAUGUGGGUACCAGCGGUAGAGCUGGCAUUGACCUUCGAUAUCCAGCUCGCUAAAUUUACCGCAUCGCAGCCGUCCGAUAAAAGCCUCCGCAAAAAGUUGUGGCUCAUCAUUGCCGAGCAGGAAAUUCGCGGGAAACAGGAAAACGUCCAAGAGGCCCUGCAGAUACUCAAGGAGUGCGAUCUCCUACGCAUCGAAGAUCUGCUACCGUAUUUUUCGGACUUCCAGAAGAUCGACCACUUCAAGGAAGCGAUUUGCGAAUCACUCAAGGAGUACAACAUCAAGAUCCAGGAGCAGCGGAAGGACAUGGAGGAUUCGGCCAUAUCGGCUGAGCAGGUUCGCAGCAAGCUGCAAACAUUCCGUAAUCGAUCGGUCACCAUCGGGGCUCAGGAGCAGUGCGCCAUCUGUGGGGUGUAUCUUCUAAUGAAACCGUUCUUCAUAUUCCACUGUGGACACAAGUUCCACGCUGAUUGUCUGGAGGCUCAACUAUUGCCUCAGCUAAAGCCGGAAGUAUUGCACCAUCUGGAAAAUUUGAAACAGCAGCUUACGGUGGCGCAGAACCAACCGCAGGACACCGUUAGUGGGAUCUCGAACAGUAAGGAGCACCUCAAGAGUCAAAUCGAAGACAUUCUCGUGUCGGACUGUCUCUUCUGCGGCGAGGUAAUGAUAAGCACCAUUGACAAGUCGUUUAUAGACAACUGGGAACGCGUGGAUAGCGAUUGGCAGUAGUAUAAACGUUAGAGUAAUAUAUUGCACCACCCUGCGAAUAUUAUGUUUAUUGAAAUAAUUCAUCAAAUAAGUCACAAUAAAAUGUUUUCCAUCAUUA